AAUGUGAGAACGAAAUCAACGCCUUCUCUCAAAGAUUCAAACGUAGUUUUCUUCCCUUUUUAAUUCUUUGUAUUGGAUUUUUUUUUGGCCCCAUCUUUUCGUCAAUAAAGGCGCUAUUAUUAGCAGAAUUCAAAAACAGUAAUCGUUUUGUAGUAGAAUUAUUUCUGUUAUUAAAUAUAUAUAUAUAUAUAUAUAUACAUAUGUAUUGUCCAAUGGAUUUGGAGGAUCAGAAUCAAUGGCGUUUUGUUGAUGAAGUAUAUGACCCACUUCUCCUCACUGACGUUUCUUUGCAGCAACAGAGCUCCUCAAGGCCUUCUUCCAACUCUGACAACAAUCCACCUCCAUCUCCACCCAGCUCCAAAGAUUUAGUAAUGGCGGAUCCUUGUUAUCCGUUCGAUGAUACUGCUGAUCAAGGCAAAUCCAUGAUGGGUUUUUCACUUGCAUCUCCUGAUUUGGUAAUCUGUGCUGAAUCACCUGAAAUACCACCCCAAAAGUAUGGAGAUUCUCCUGAGGUUUUGGAAGACAAAUUCCACCAGAAGAUUGAAGAACCAAUGGACGUUUCCCUAGAGAAUGGCAUCAAUGAGUAUGAGACAAAUAACCAUAACGUCAACACUCCAUCUGUUAAGUUCUCCACAUUUUGCGAAACUUUCAAAGCAGAAUUAUCUCCUGAGGUUUCCUUUGAGCUUCCUCCACCCCCAAUAAGGGAGGACGAAACAAUGUGUGACCUUAACAAUUUGGAGGACAGUGUUCAGACUUCGCCAUUAUCAGAAUGCCACACACCAAAAGAUAUGGGUGACCACCCUGAGGUGGAAGGAGACUAUCAGAAGCUGCUAAGAGAUUAUAAAUAUCAGGAAAAGGAAUUAAGUGCAGUGAGGAGUGUAUUGGAGGAGCUUAAGAGGGAGAACCAAGCAAAGAGUAGAGAAUGUAAAGAAGCUUGGAAGUCUUUACAGGAACUCCGGAACGAGCUCAUGCGCAAGUCCAUGCAUGUUGGAUCUUUGGCUUUUGCGAUUGAGGGGCAAGUGAAGGAAAAGAGUAGGUGGUUCUCAUCGUUAAGAGACUUGACAAGAAAGCUUAAGAUAAUGAAAAUGGAACAUAUCAAGCUAGCAGAAGAGGCAUUGGGAUACAACAAGUGCUUGGCAGAUAUGAAAGAAAUGAGCUCUACCAUUCAAUUUUCUAUAAACCAACAAGUACAUUUGCAUGAAGAUCUCAAGAUUAAGUUUGUUGAAGGGGCAAAGGAACGGAAAGAACUUUACAACAAGGUGUUAGAGUUAAAAGGAAACAUCAGGGUCUUUUGCAGGUGUAGGCCUCUAAACAAUGACGAAGUUGCAGCAGGGGCUUCAAUGGUUAUUGAUUUUGAAUCUGCUAGGGAUGGUGAGCUCAGUGUAAAAUCAAAUGGGACCAGAAAAUCCUUCAAGUUUGAUGCUGUAUUUGACCCCCAAGCAGAACAAGCUGAUGUUUUUGAAGACACGGCUCAAUUUGCAACCUCAGUUCUAGAUGGGUACAAUGUCUGCAUAUUUGCUUAUGGGCAGACUGGAACUGGAAAAACUUUUACCAUGGAGGGUACAGAAGAAUCUAGAGGAGUAAAUUUUAGGACUCUAGAGGAACUUUUUCGCAUAAUCCAAGAGCGACAAAAGCAGUAUCAAUAUAGUGUAUCUGUAAGCGCCUUAGAGGUCUACAAUGAACAAAUUCGCGAUUUGCUAGCUUCAGGAACUCAACCUGGAGUAGCUGCCAAAAGGCUUGGAGUAAGGCAGGUGGGUGACGGGGUUCAUCAUGUCCCAGGACUUGUUGAGGCAGAUGUAAGUAACAUGAAUGAAGUCUGGGAAGUGCUACAGACCGGAAGUAAUGCAAGGGCUGUUGGCUCAACCAAUGCUAAUGAGCAUAGUAGCCGAUCCCACUGCAUACACUGUGUGAUGGUGAAGGGGGAGAACUUGUUGACAGGCGAAUGCACAAGAAGCAAGCUAUGGCUGGUGGAUCUUGCCGGAAGUGAAAGAAUAGCAAAAUCAGAAGUUCAAGGGGAGAGGCUCAAGGAAACCCAAAAUAUUAAUAGAUCUCUAUCUGCACUUGGGGAUGUCAUAUCUGCACUUGCAACUAAAAGCCCACACAUUCCCUUCAGGAACUCCAAGCUCACUCACUUGCUGCAAGACUCUCUAGGAGGAGAUUCGAAGACACUCAUGUUUGUACAGAUAAGUCCUAAUGAAAGUGAUUUGAGUGAGACCCUUUGCUCACUGAACUUUGCAAGUAGGGUAAAAGGAAUAGAGAUGGGACCUGCGAAGAGGCAAUUUGACACUUCUGAACUCUUGAGACAUAAACAAUUGGCUGAAAAAGCGAAGCUUGACUUAAAAAGCAAAGACGUGCAAAUUAGGAAGAUGGAGGAAACAGUCCAUGGAUUAGAACUGAAGAUAAAAGAGAAAGACUUCAAAUAUAAAAACCUCCAAGAAAAGGUAAAAGAAUUGGAAUCACAACUUCUAAUUGAGAGAAAACUAGCACGCCAACACGUUGACACAAAGAUAGCUGAGCAGCAUCAGCAGCAAAUGAAAUAUCAGUAUGAAGAUCAAAAUAUAGAACCAACGAGGCCACCUCUUGGAACUCGGCCAUUAGGAAAUCAGAAGAAUGGAAAUGAGAGAAAAGAACAAGUAAAUCCAACCCAACCUCUAAUGGAGAAAAACAGCUACAAACCUCCAUUACCAUUUCAACCAAUGGAAACUUUUGUAAGAAACCUUGAUCCUACAGAAAAAGAGAACAAUCCCGAUAUGGCUGAACAGUCUUACUUGCCAAGGAGAACUGGAAGAGCCUCUAUUUGCACAAUGACAAGGCAAAUUCCGGCUGCUCCAGCUCCAAGGCGCACAUCUCUUAUUCCGCUCCCUAGUGCACCAAACACUCCUCAGCAACCAUUUCCAUUGUUGCCAUUGAUACCUGAUCUUUCUUCUGACAGUAAAGAUGAUACAGAUGAGUCUGAAACUAACUGCCUGCCUGAGCACACACCAUGUGACAGUCCAAAAGUAAUCAGAAGUAACAGCAGGAAACUGAGCAGCAUACUAAGAAGAAGCCUCCAGAAGAAAGUUCAGACGAAAACCCCAAUGCAGCAGCACUUGAGAAAAUGUGUGAAUGUAGGAGUGGAGAGGGUCAGAGUCUCUAUUGGAAGCAGAGGGAGGAUGGCACACAGGGUUUUACUAGGCAAUGGUAGAAAACCUGGAACAAAAGGUACACAGAAGCAGCAGAGUCAGAAAGAAAAGGAAAGGGGAUGGAAUAUUGGCACUGUAGGGAAAACCAUUAGUUAAAAAGCUAAUUCAUAUUUUACUUUUAACACAGGAAAAGGUUACUCUUGUAGCCUGACAUGUAUGGACAGAGAUAGGGGGUUAUUCUUUUGUGUAUUUAUUUGGAUGAUGCUAAUCAUCUGUUUGAAAUUGUUCUAUGUGUUUAUCUUUAAUGAACAUAUCAAUGUACAGAGUUAUAAUGUUUGAUGACUAUAUGUAUUGUGACAAUUGAAGUUUCUUCAUGAAAGGAAGUUUGUGUUUGCACACUA